GAGGAGGAGGAGGAGGAGGAGGAGGAGGAGGAGGACGAUUAGGAUGGGGAGGAGGGAUUCCUUCUCCCAUCAUCCGUGGAUUCCCUUUGGCUCUUUUUUUUUUGAUUUAGUGCUGCUGCCAAGUUUAUCGUUCCGUUCGGUUGGUAGACAAGGUAGGCGUUCAAGUUCUUCACUUUAUUCAAUCUUCAUUUCUUCACCCUGCGUAUGUUUUCUUCUUCUAUAUGCUCUGUCCUGUCCUGUUUCGUACGUUGAAUGUCGAUAUCCGUGGUUGUGUUUAUACUUGUGUGUCCGUAUGCCUGGUGUAUGGGGGAGAUCAAUUAUAUCAUUGGACCACACACCUACUUGGCUAUCCCAUCUGCCUGCCUGCCUGCCUGCCUUCUCUGUCGAUUGAUUCAAGGCUAAUCAUGAAUGAUUGCGCUGAUCUGGAUGGAUGUUACAGACGGACAUGACAGGACAGGACAGAGGUCAUUGUACAUAUUGUACAUUCCGUAUGUACCUUACGUUACCUUACCUGGCUCCACCCAUCCCCGUCGUUUGCACCCACGUACAGUACCGUACCGUACCCACUGCGCCGAAUGCGAGCCGAUUUGCGAAAAGCGGUGCCGUGUAACUGCGAUGCGAUGUGCUGCCGCUUGACGUAGUGCCCCCUCCAUGUCCCGCAUGCGGAAUGUCUGGUUGAUUCGACGAGGCGGGGA